AUGGACUUAGACCCUAUUAAUUUUUCAGACGACUGCUUCCCAAGUUAUGCCUCAGUUAAGCCUCAUUAAUCAGGUGAAGGAGGAGCAGUUGGUGCGAGCAAGAAAAGAAAGGAUGCUGAGGUUAACACUGUCGAGCUUUACUACAUGGAAUAAGAGACGAAUACUAAGACCAAGAAAAAUGCAAUUUCAAUCCAAACAGACAGAGUGUUUCAUUCAGCAGCAGUGGGCGAUGAUGAAGAUGAAGCUUAUUACGAUGAAGAUGAAAAACUAUAGAAAUAACUAAACUCUGGUCCUCCUUAGUAUGACGAGAAUGCUCUAGCUAAGUGGCUAUCAUCGAUUUAUCCUAAAUUAAGCCAGCUACUUGAAGCUAAUUUGACAAAUAAAGCGUUUGACAACUAUGAAGUAUUCUGGGAAGAGGAAAGAGGAGAGGUAGAAUUGUGGUAAAAGCUAACCACUAAUUUCGACUUCAAGGAGAUUAAUAAGGCAACAUAAAAAGCCAUCAAUUAAGUUAAAGCAGCUACCAACGAGGUGUAAAAUGAAGCAGAUGAUGACUGGGAGGGUGGAAAUCAAGGCAGAUCAGUAGUUAACUCCACUGGAUCAUCUGAAAAGUAUCAAGUUGUAAGUGUGGCAUGGAGCUGUAACGGAUCCACUCUGGCUAUAGCAUAUGGAAGAACUAAUCAUACAACCUGGUGUGAGCAUAUUAGUGCAGUCAGCACCUGGGGUAUAUUCAGGAGAGAAUUCGAUGCUAAAAAACCAAAUAAGACUAUUGAAGUGAGUAAUUGUCUGACUACUAUCGAAUUCCAUCCUAGUGAUCCUCUGAUACUAGCAGGAGGUACCAUUAAUGGCGAAAUAUAUCUUUGGAAUAUUGAUAGUGAAGAGUCCUUGAUAUCCAAUUCAGCUAUUGAUGAGUAUUAUCACAGAGAAGCUAUAACUAGGCUAGCUUGGGUUAAGUAUGAAUCUCUAACAUCCUUGGCUGUAUCUUAUUGCAUCAUGUCAGUGUCAACGGAUGCAAAAAUUCUGGUAUGGAAGCUAUCUGAUAAACUUAGGUUUCCAGCAAAGGGUCAUUUAUUAGCAAGAAAGAGAGACGGAGAAAUGGGUACAGUAGGAGGCACUAGUUUCGCUAAAGUAGGAUAUGGAGCUGGAGGUCAAGAGGAUAGUACUUUUAUAGUAGGCACUGAGGGAGGCUCUAUAUUCAAGUGCAAUAUACAAUAACCUCUAGAUAAAGAUAUAAGCCACUUCUUUGAUAAUACUUCAGGUGUCAGAUGGAAACAGGAAGCAAUAAAUUUACUAUCGAAUCUUCCGAACAAAGCUAUCAUGGAAGUAAAGAAAAAGGUUGAGAGAUAUGUCCUAGAUAAGGGGGAGAAAGAUGUAUGGGCACCUACAGUUUAUCAUGCAAAGCCAGAUAUCAAAAUGUUAUUCACUGUACCCUUCAAUGCCAAUUAUGAAAGACAUCUUGGUCCAGUUACAUCUAUCUCGGCGUCUCCAUUUAUCAAGAGAAUUUUUGUUACUUCAUCAACAGAUGGCCAGCUUAGACUUUAUGAUACCCUGUCUAAUAGACCAGUAGCUGUUUAUGAGCCAGGGGGUUAUGGCUCUGGUGAAUACCUAAUGGCAGUUGAAUUUUCACCAUUCAGACCUGCCGUUUUCGCUGCUGUUGGCAACUCAGGAAAUGUAUACAUCUAUGAUCUUGCUUAGUCAAAAUCCUCACCAUCUUACAUUCUAAGACAUCAAGAUGAUUCAGUUUCACACUCUCUCCGUGUAGCACAGAGUCUUACUUUUAAUCCAAGAUAAAGAGACUUCCUGGCUGUGGGCUAUCAUGAUGGAAAUGCAAGAAUAUACAGGCUGAACUAUUAAUUAGCCAAUGUGCAAAAGAAUGAACUCAAAGUAUUGCAAAGUUUCCUUGAAGAAAAGGGCACUGAUUGA